AUGUUAAAGAAAAAAUCAUUUGAAAGAAUAAUAAUAGAUAAGGAAAAAUAUUGGCGUAAAAUAUGGAUUUUAAUAUACACUAUAAUAAAUUUGAUAUUAAUUAAUUGUAAUCUGUAUGGAAUAAAAUAUAAUAAGCGAGAUGUAUGGAAUCCUACCCUUAUAACAAGUAGACAUCAGAGAAUUUUAAUACAAACAGGAGAAUUAUCACCAACACAAGUGGACGUACUAAGGAAAACAUUAAUAACAGAUUUAUCAGGUAGGAGUUCUAUAGGAAGACAACAAAAUUUGUUACGUAAUAAACUAGAUAAUGAUCCUAUAACAAAAAAAUUGAUGGAAAGAGGAAUUUUAAAAACAAACAUAACAGAAAAGAAGGAAAUAAAAAUUCAAGAAAAACAAAAGGAAGAACAA